AUGGCGGCCCGGCGAAUCCCCGCUACCGUCGCCGCACUUGCCGCCGCAACUACCGCUGGAUUCGCGUCCGCAAUCGCCGUUCUCGUCCUCUCGCGGCCGCUCCACUCGCUUCCCGCGAUCAUCCAUGCCUUCCUCCUCCGCAUCCUGCGCCGCAUCACACGCACCUUCCUCCCUGAUUGCUCUGGCUUCAGAUUACUCCAUAACACGCGAUCCGUCCUCUCGGCGCUUCCAGUCUCGCUGCUCCCCCCAUCGUCCAAUCAAAAUGCACCCCCCGCGCCUCACUGCCGCCACAAUAUGGACGGCUGCAAUUCUCUCCUCGUCGUCGCUCCUCUUGAUAUCGACGGCUUCAAAGCGCCCCCAGCAGCAGUUGCGACUUGCUGUGCGACUGGCCGUACGACCCCUACGACCGGCCGUGCGAUCCCUGCGACUCGCAUGGAGCCCACGUCGCAUACUCGCGACGGGCCAAGAGCUGCGAUCGGCCGGCAUAAGAGCCACGAAGCUUCGCGGAAGGGCCGCGACGGGCUGGUGGCGGCGAUCGGCAACACGCCGCUGAUCCGCAUCGCGAGUCUGUCCGCCGCGACUGGCUGCGAGAUCUACGGCAAGGCGGAGUUCGUCAACCCGGGCGGCAGCGUUAAAGACCGCGUGGCGCUACGGAUCGUGCAGGAGUGCAGGAAAGCACGUGACGCUUGGCGCACCUACCUGCUCACCGGCUUCACCUGCUUCCACGAGUGCAGCGCAGGAAAGCAGGCUCUCGAGUCUGGGCAGUUGAAACCUGGAGGGCUGAUAACGGAGGGCAGUGCGGGCAGCACAGGUGUCGCGCUCGCAUUGGUCGCCGCGGCGUUUGGGUGCCGCUGCUUCGUGGCGAUGCCGGACGAUGCUGCUGUGGAGAAGGCCGAGGCAAUGCGAGCUCUGGGUGCAGAGGUGGCGCGUGUGCGCCCUGUGUCCAUCACCCACCCCAUGCACUUUGUGAAUGUUGCAAGACGGAGAGCCGAGGAGGAGGCGAGAGGGGGAGGAGAGGUGAACAGGGGAGGGGAGGAGGCGGAGGAUAUGGGAAAGGAGGGGGGCGGGCGGGGGGAAGUGACGACAGGAGGAGAGAAUGUGACUAGUGAGAGCAGUUGUAGAACUGAUGGUUGCAUCACAGUUCUUGGGAGCAGCAGCAGCAGCAGCAGCAGCGGGUUUUUUGCAGACCAGUUUGAGAAUCUGGCCAACUACCGAGCGCACUACUGUGGCACUGGCCCAGAGAUCUGGAAGCAGACGGGCGGCACAGUGGACGCGUUUGUGGCUGCUGCUGGCACUGGGGGGACCAUUGCUGGGAUCUCCUGCUAUUUGAAGGAGCAGAACCCGGGAGUGAAGACCUUUCUGAUAGACCCUCCCGGGUCGAGUCUCUUUCACAAGGUCACCCGCGGAGUGCUGUACACACGGCAGGAGGCGGAGGGGAAGCGCCUGCGCAACCCCUUCGAUACAAUCACAGAAGGCAUCGGCAUCAACCGGCUGACGGCUAACUUCAAUGCUGCGCGGAUCGAUGGAGCUUUCAGAGGGACGGAUAGAGAGGCCGUUGAGAUGGCUCGCUAUCUCUUGCGCAGCGACGGGCUCUUCAUCGGGUCCUCCUCGGCCAUGAACUGUGUGGGUGCUGUGCGAGUGGCGGAAAAGCUUGGCCCGGGACACACCAUUGUGACCAUGCUGUGUGACAGUGGCUUCCGGCAUCUCAGCAAGUUCCAUAAUGAGGGGUAUCUGAGAGAACAAGGGCUUGUGCCGUCUGCCAAAGGGCUUGAGUUUAUGGGUGGGAGAUUUGCAGAGGGGGGUGGUGCUUGA